AAACAUUUUUGCUGACUGAUGUUUUUCAGGAAUAAAAGUCAUUCAGUAAGAUGUUCCAGCUUAGACAAUAUCUUAUUUUCCUUCUUGUUGGAGCAGUGAAGUCACAAGUCAACCCAGGUGUAUGUAGAUACCCACUGGGGAUGACUGGAGGCCAAAUUCUGGAUGAAGACAUCUCUGCUUCCAGUCAAUGGUCAGAAUCUACUGCAGCUAGAUAUGGCAGAUUGGAUUUUGACGAUGGAGAUGGAGAUGGGGCGUGGUGUCCAGACCACAUGGCUGAACCGGACAGUCUAAAGCAAUUCCUCCAGAUAGACCUUCGCACUCUCCAUUUUCUCACUCUUCUUGGCACACAGGGACGGCAUGCAGAUGGAGUGGGCAAUGAGUUUGCCCAGCGCUACAAGAUUAAGUAUAGCCGUGAUGGCAGCCGCUGGGUCUCCUGGCGCGACCGACAGGGUCGACAGAUCAUUGAGGGGAACAAGAAUGCAUAUGACGUCGUGCUGAAGGACCUGGAGCCUCCCAUUAUUGCUCGUUUUGUGCGUUUCAUGCCUGUGACGGACCCCUCUAUGAUUGUGUGCAUGAGGGUGGAGCUCUACGGCUGUGAAUGGCUAGAUGGUCUUGUGUCCUACAGUGCCCCUGCUGGCCAACAGAUGACACUGAAAGCCCAAAAAUUCUACUUAAAUGACACUGUGUAUGAUGGAGCCAUUAGUUACAGCAUGACAGAAGGUCUUGGGCAGCUCACUGAUGGAAGUUGGGGUCUGGAUGACUUCACUAAAAGUCAGGUGUAUAAUGUCUGGCCUGGCUAUGACUAUGUGGGCUGGACCAAUGCUAGCUUUCCUGGUGGCUCAGUGGAGAUGACAUUUGAGUUUGACCGUGUCAGAAACUUCACUUCAAUGAAGGUCCACUGCAACAACAUGUACACAUUAGGCGUAAGAAUAUUCCGCCAGGCCGUUUGCUACUUUCGUUCAGAGUCAGACUGGGAGCCCAAUUCUGUGUCAUUCAAACCAAAAGCAGACAACAUCAGUCCAAGUGCUCGGUUUGUCACUGUUUCCCUUGGCAACCACAUGGCCAGCGCAAUUAGGUGCCGUUUUGCAUUCAAUGAUGUCUGGAUGAUGUUCAGUGAAAUUGCUUUCCAGUCAGACAAAGCAGAGUACAACACCUCUCUUGUUCCUCGUAAACGAAACCAAACUCCAGGGGAUGACCCCACCCAUAAAAUCGAUGACAGCAACACAAGGAUCCUGGUAGGCUGUUUGGUGGCUAUUAUUGUUAUUCUGUUGGCCAUCAUAAUAAUCAUACUAUGGCGACAAGUCUGGCAAAAGAUGCUUGAGAAGGCCUCCAGGCGGAUGUUGGACGAUGAACUGACCACCCGUUUGUCAGUUCAGAGAGAGGCUUUCAGCCAACGUCACUCCUCUCUUUCCAGCGACAUUGAAUCAAACUCCACGUACGAGCGGAUUUUCCCCAUGGGGUCUGACUAUCUGGAGCCAUCCCAGCUUUUACGGAAACUACCAGAAUUUCAGGCUACAGAAAACCUUGCAAUGAUCGAUGACCCUUCAGAACCCUCUACAGCCCACUCUACAGAUGAGGUCCCACACUACGCAGAGGCAGACAUAGUGAGCCAGGAUGAAGCCGGCGGUGCCCACAGUUACUGUGUCACUGUGGUCAACAUGCCAUUGUCUCCUGGAAGGGAUGGAGCUCUGGAAGAAUUUCCAAGAGAGAGACUGACUUUCAAAGAGAAACUUGGAGAAGGGCAGUUUGGAGAGGUUCAUCUGUGUGAGGCUGAGGCUAUGCAGGAAUUUAUGAAGGACGACUGUAGUGACAUCAACGAUGAACCAAUGCUCGUAGCAGUCAAGACCCUAAGAGAGGACGCAAACAAAAAUGCAAGAAAUGACUUCUUGAAAGAGAUCAGGAUCAUGUCACGAUUGAGAGACCCAAACAUCAUCCGUCUGCUGGCGGUGUGCGUUGAGAGUGACCCACUGUGCAUGAUAACAGAGUACAUGGAGAACGGAGAUCUUAACCAGUUCCUGUCCCGCCAUGAGCAGCAGGACGAGGGAGUUCCAGUUGCUGGCACAGCUACCAUCAGCUACUGUAUCCUGAUCAACAUGGCCUCUCAGAUUGCCUCUGGAAUGAAGUAUCUGUCAUCCUUGAAUUUUGUUCACCGUGAUCUUGCCACUCGCAACUGUUUAGUAGGCUCAAAUAAUACCAUCAAGAUUGCGGACUUUGGCAUGAGCAGAAAUCUGUAUCGUGGAGAUUACUAUCGCAUCCAGGGACGAGCUGUGUUGCCCAUCCGCUGGAUGUCCUGGGAGAGUAUCCUACUGGGUAAGUUCACCAUGGCCAGUGAUGUCUGGGCAUUCGGUGUAACUUUAUGGGAGAUUGUAACUCUGUGCAAAGAGCAGCCAUAUGCUCAGUUCACAGAUGAACAGGUGAUCGAAAACACGGGCGAGUUCUUUAGAGACCAAAGCAAGCAGGUAUAUCUGCUGAAGCCUGCCUGCUGUCCUGAUUCAGUCUACAGCCUCAUGCUCAGCUGCUGGAAGAGAAACGCCAAAGAAAGACCCACCUUCCUGGAGAUCCACAGCACACUGAUGGAAUACCAAGUUUAAUUCCCAUGGUGGUUUUCACAGAAAUGCGACAUUGUUUCCUCCACACAUUCAGCCCUUCCAGUGGUUCAACCCUUCUGAAUCAGCCCAGCUCAGAGAUGUGCUGGCACCUGUCUAAAUAUAAUAACAACAUCCUGAUUUUUCAGUAUAGGCUACAUUAAUGUGAAAUCACAAAUUUGACUUUUCUGCAAAUAUAUCUCGCUCAUGUUAUCUAUAUUCAGUAGUGUUCUGGGAAAUUAUAAAUGACCAGAAUAUUUUGUAAUUGUUUCAGUAAAUAUAUACAUAUAUUAUGUUUUUGUUUGAUCUCCUUAUCUCUGGAGAUAUUAAUGCUUUUUUUUUU